CGGGAAGCCUGUUCGAGACAUUCUGGUUCUCGGCAGAAAAAGCACCCGUCGACAAACGUUAUUCGCGAGCACUUGCACAGAUCGUGCUCUGGUACCGGCCGGUCUGCUUUGACUCGACUUUGAAGCGCGUCGCGGGGUUUGUUUUGGUGUGCGUGUGUGUGUGUGCACGACUGCAGGGUGUGAACAAAGUACUUUGGCCCUAAAUUCACUAGUGUCCUCACGACGAGACGUGUUAGCAAGUCGCUGGAUAUCAGAUAUACAGAACAAAUAUUCAAAAGAUUCUUGAGCACAUUUACGCUGGCCUACAGAAUCGCGCAGCAGAAUGGAGAUAUAUGCGGGCAACACGACGCUGUACCGUUAUAUCCACCGCUAUCGCCAACCCGUCUUCCUCGACCGCAACCUCCGCUACCUAUUCGACGCGCGCACGCCCGCGUCCACCUCGACCGCGAACGGCCACCACACCUUCUCCGACUCGGGCGCGACAGCAGCAGUAGCAGCGGGCACGCACCUGCAUCAUCCGCAGAGCGGCGGGGCAGCGCGCAGCUUUCAGCCCCGGAUCCGCAAGCGGCGGAUAAAGCGCCAACGCGUCGCGAUCGACGAUGUCGGCGAAAGGCUGCUGUCGAGCUCGGUUGCGCGCGCGGAGAAUAUGUCGGCGUCGGAGUUUGAACGGUCGCCGUUUGUUGUGCAGCCGACUUUGAAGAUUGAGGUUGUGAACGUGGUUAAACUUGCCCGUAGCCUUCGGUCUCAAAUUGGAGGAUCGCCCGUACAACUACGAGCCACGAACUGCCGCUGCGAAGUGCAAAUCUACCGCGUCUACGAAUCUGGUUUCGGCAGACGUCCACCCCACGAACUUCUCUACCAGUCCGGAGAGAUCUGCACGCUAAUUCCUCGCACUAACUCAGCUCGGUCAGGGUCCGCAGACAGUCAUAAGACGACCGAGAGAAACGGACAGUCAAGCAAAAACGCGGUGGUGUCGGUGGUUAUGGACGAGCCGUUUUAUAUCAAAGCCAGCACGCUUGCCGAAGCCGGGCUUGCGUCGCUGGUAUCUUCUCACGCCGACAGAUUUGUUUAUAUGGUUGCGAUAACAUUACGCCCUUUAUCCCCGCAUUCGGAAAAAUCAUGGCCGUUCACGAUGGAAACCAGUCCGUCGGCUACGCCUUUAAAACAACAGCACCGCAAGACCCGCGCCGCCGAAUCAGAAGUCAACUCUUCUCCGACCGGCUCCGGCCGGCAGAGGUCAAAUUCGCGAAACUCGUCGUUCCAAUCACUUAGUCCGUCGCCCAAGGGCGCAGCAAGACGAUCACCGCGCGCGCGAAAGCUGUCGGCGAACGCGCUCGCGGCGGCUGGGAACGGGACGGGAAUGAGGGGGUUGAGGUCUGCGACGAAUACACCACCGAGCGCGUCCUCGUUUCGAAAGAGGGUUGCAGACUCUUUAGCGACGCGAAGCGACUGCGACGCGGAUGACGAGCAGGAGGACGGGGAAGGGAAUGAGGAGGGGCUGGUUAAUGUAGACCAGCGGCCUGGGGUUUCGCUACGUGGGGAGUACAGUUUUUCACUGCUCGAGAGCGCAGAGCCGGGGACGGUUGUGCCGCUGCAGUUUCGCAAGAACGGCGUGCCGAUGGAUGUCCGGUCCGGGCUCGAGAUUGGGAUUGAGAUCGACAUGGGCUGGAGUUCGCCUACGUUCGAGGAGGAGCAAGCGAAGCUAAAGGUGGACGAGCAACAGAGACAGGCUGAUCAGAAGGAGAAAGACGGGCCGGUGGAUAAUCAGCGAGUGAAGAGAGUGCGCCGAGAAGACGCGGACGAGGGUCGGUCGAGUAGCGUGCGCACGUCGACGCCGAUUUUGGAGGAGACGGUCGAGGCGCGGUAUCAUUUUGCUCUCGAAGGGAAAUUCAAGACGUUUGUGCUGCGAGGGUACGGAUGUCCCUGGUGCGCGAUGAAGGACUACGGGAGCUACGAGCGACUGCAUUUCCAUUUUCUGACCAGUCACGAGCUGUUCACGUUCCGGGUCGACAGACGGAAGCCGUUCACGAUAGACGUGUAUAUAACGAUCACAGGCCAAUUUCUGUACGAGCGCGCGAGCCCGAAGGUGCUUGAUAUCCGACUUAUGCAGUGGCUGCGUCCGAAGCAUAUGAAGUUCAAACUGCAGUCGUUCCUGCGCGGCGACGUGUCGUGGCUUCAGGAAGGAGCGUCGCUAAUGAUGCUCCGGCAGAACGGCGGGGCGGGUGUGAACGCGGGACAACAUCAUAGUACGCGGUUGACGACUGCGUCUGCGAGCGGAACGCCAGAUGCAGGGGGGGAAGGCGCGACGGUGGAUAGUCUGAGGUUGAAUCUGGCGUCGGUGGCGCCGAAUAGCACGAUAUACGAUGUGCAGACGGUGCCGACGCUGCCGCCAAAGGCGAGACGGGUGUUGCCUGUGCCGGAGACGGAGGUGAGGUUGUAUACUACGAAGGGCAAGAGACUUUUGAAGACGGGCGAGGAGGUGUCUGAGAGCGAGGACGAGGUUGAUGAUAUGUGGUUGAUAACGAAGCAUGAGGAGACGAUCGAUGACUUUGAGGACGUGACUUUGAGUGAGAAGGAAUUCAUCAAGCUCUGGGACCGGCACAUCUUUGAAGAGCGGCCGAGUUCGUACAAGCACGUGAGCGAGUCUCUUAUGCGGUUCUGUCGCAACAACCGCAAGACGCUGCGGGAGCGGACGAUGCAGAUUGAGUUUUGGAAGCACUGCUUGAAUCUGAUUGACUGCGGGAUAAUCGAGCCCGCGUGCUUCUAUGCGUGCAUGUGGUAUUUGAGGAACAUUGAGAUUGAGCGCGCGGCGGCGGCGGCGGCGGCGGAGGUGGAGGUGGAGGGUGAGGAGGGGAGGAGGAGGUCAGAUGUCGAUGAGUUGAUGGCAGGUGAGGGGAGUAGUCACGAUAUGGAUACAGUGAUGGCGGGGAGUUGAUGUCAACGGUGGAGUGGUAUGGGUGGUGUGGAAGGAUGAUGUGAUUUGAUAUUGCCGUUUUGGGAGAUCAUUGGGCUAGGGGAAGUGCGGCUGGGACGGCAGCGGCAGUGUCGUGAUGUAAGAUGUAUUUGCAAGAGAAGAUGGAUGUGUAUUGAGUAUAUAUUGUAAUAGUGUGUUAUGUAUGGAUUAUGAUAAUGUAGUGAAGGAGUAUGAUAGUCUUACUACGAUCAUAGUAAGUGGCGAUGUGGUGGUCUGCGACGCUGUAAAGACUCGACCAGAAGGCUCUCGAGGGUGCUAUGAAGAAGAGAAGACCACGACACCUGUCUUCUGACCAGAUGAAACCUUCGCAUAGGUUCUCAACACUCACCAAAGAGCAGACCCCCGAAGGACAGAGAAGAGCCGCGAAGAGCCGCGAAGAGACCCGAAGGAGGCCGAAUGACGUAGAAGUGAGCCGCAGGGCAAGGGUCGCCCAGCUGGAAGCC